CCUCAUUCUCUUCAGCUAACGAACGGUAGAGUGCCACGUUCAAGGCAACACAGAUUGCAACUACAGAGAGAAAGGCUGUUGUCGCUCUUUCGGGUAUAGUGAAAACAAUUCUUUAUCAUAUCUUUUCUGUCUCUAUUAUCUAUGUUACCGACUCUCUGAAAUAUUUAACAAUGCGGACACUUUGCAUUUUUGCUUUGUUUACGGCUUGUUUAGCCUUAACACCGUCGUCGUAUCUUACGACUCUUGAUCUCGCUCGUUUCAAAUCUGUAUUUGAAGCAGCUUUAACUAGCAAAGAUGUUCAAAAUACUCACUAUUCUCUGGCCGGUUACUUUUUACUAGGAGAAACCCCGACAAAUCCUGAAGAAAUCUGCAACAGUCUUAAAGCUGAUACGUCUAGCAUUGCUUCCAUGUACCACGUCUCCUCCGCUGCGAAACUCCUAAAAACCUGUAAGGUUAAGAUUGACGUCGGCAAAACUCUUCUUACUAAUGCAAUUAAACCAGAAUCUCCUGUUCUGGAUAUAUUCCAUGCUUUUUAUGCCUUGAAAAAUUCUGGAAUUCCAUUUGAUGAAAGUGCUGUACUUGCAGCACUAACUGAAUCUUUGAAAAAGGACGAUUCACCGGCAAGCCAUGGCUACGCCUUCAUAAUGGCCACUGAACUUAGCGCGGAUGUUUCUAAAUUUUACGAUAGCAUCGAAGAUAUAAUUGCACAGGCUGAUGAAGUUGAUGAAAAAUACUUACAGUUCGAAGGAGGACUGUAUGUAACGUCUUUGGUUGUUGAUGGUGCAUAUAAAUUAGCUGAGAAAAUGAAUAAAGCUCCUGCUAUUUCAGAAGAUAAAGUUAUAAAGUUAACCAACUACUUCUUAAGUCGCAAGCAUGUACACCAACUAAAAAGCGCUUGCCAUUUAUUGUGUGUUAUAAAAACUCUAACUGUGAAUUCAUUCCAUGUACCCAUCGCUAUCACCCGUGCCAGUUCAGUAGCUGUGAGCCCGAUAUCUCCCCAGGUUCAAGUUCGUGUUACCAAUUUGAUGGGUGCUGCUAUUGGAAAACUGAGUGUAACAGCUGAAUCAGCUCGUCAUAUUUCGGAUGAUGCUGUUGUCUUGAGCAAAAAACCAUUCUCUCCUACAAGUGAUAAAGCUUUGUAUGAAUUGAAUUUCCUACAAAACAAACCAACGCGUGGUUUUUACAAAAUCAUAGUUAGCGCCGCACCAACUAAACCAGACAAACGUUUCAUCGGCAUAACUGGAGCUGAGGUUCAAGUGAAAGUGACCACUCAUGUAAGUUUGGAAAACAUUGAAAUUGGAGUUGCAGACAAAGAUCAAACAACUGCGACAAGAACAACAAAACUUCAAUAUCCUAACAAGGCUGCCAAUCCUCUCGUAGCAGAUUAUCACCAAAAGAUUCUUAUGAAAUUUCAACUGAAGGAUAAAAGUAAUGGUCAACUAAUGACUGCCCAUCAAGCUUUUGUUAGACUUACCAAUCUCAAGACCAAACAAGAAAUAAUCUUUGUGACCGAAGCAGAUAAUUCCAUGACCAAUAAAUUUGACUUAGAUGUUGGUAGUGGCGCUAAAGACUUUGGCUCUCUAUCUGGACGUUAUUCCAUGGAACUUAUUAUUGGAGAUGCUGUGAUUGAAAAUCCAUUUUCUUGGUACUUAGCAGACACAGUUUUAACUUUCCCCGAAACAACAGUUCCAAGUAAAGCACCAGUAAAUCAAUAUUCUCCCAAACCAACCAUUCACCAUGAAUUUAAACGGCCUGAGAAACGACCACCUAAAUUAGUUUCUUUUAUCUUCACUGCUCUUGUUGUUCUUCCUAUGUUUAUCCUCUUUAUUCUUUGGGGUAAAAUUGGAGUGAAUAUCUCCAACUUCCCUAUGUCUGUAAGUGCUAUUGGCUUUCAUGUAUGCUUGGCCGGUAUCUUUGGUUGUUAUUCUCUUUAUUGGAAAUCCCUUAAUAUGUUCCAAACCUUGAAAUAUGUUGGAUUGCUCUCUAUCCCCACAUUCUUGUUUGGAAAUAGAUUACUUAGCAAUAUAGCUGCCCAGCGGAAAAAAUAACUAAUGGAACUUUUUUUUUUAAAAAGAAACCAUUACAUCAUUUUUCAUUCCAAUUUAAUAAUAAAUAUAAAAUAGUAAAAAAAAUUAAAAACAAAAAAUAGUUUUCUUUCAUCAUUGUUUAAAAAUAUUGGAUGUAGUCUUGUUUGUAAUAUAAUUGUCUCACUUAAAGAUAAAUUCAAAAAUUGAAAUUUUAAUAAGAUUAUAGUUUUCCAAACUAUUAACUUCAUAUUUAAUGUGUAUAUUUACAACACACACACACACACACACUAUCAGUUUGAUUUUCAGUUGUCAGGUUUUUUAUUUAUGGUUGUAUACAUGAUCUCAGAUCAGAUUUGAAUUAGGAAUAUCUUAUGUUGAAUGGAGUUCAAAGCCAUGGAAAAGGAUAAUCUUAUUAACAACUUACCUCAGAUAUUUAGUCAUUGUUUUAAGCUUUUGUUAUAUUUUCUUAAAAAUGCAAGAAAUGUUAGUCUAAGAAUUUGUACAUUAUAAAAAAAAAAAAUAUCUAAAAAACAAAUUAACUCUGUUCUAAUCAAAAUAACAUGCAAAUUUUACAAGAGUCUAUUUUUGAACUUUUCUCUCAUUUUAAAGUGUACUUUAGUCUUUAUUUGUAUUUAGUACUAAACCUGAUAAAAGGGCAACUGGAAAAUAAAAAUUCUCUGUCCUAUACAGCUAGAAUAGAUGUAAAAUAUGUAUUUUUUUAAUGUUUAUGUAUUUGUUUUGCAAGAUUCUUGAUGUGAAAUCAUGUGUUGAAACGGAUAGUGUUAUAUUUUGGGUUGGUCAUAUUUUGCCAGUUAAACACCUGCAUUAUGUUUGGUCUUUACUUCAGCUUUAUUAUUAUUUUAGUUUCUUUGUCAAAGCUCUUUCAUCACACUUCCUGUGACCUCUUCAGUGAUUCUUUAUCCCACGUGUCUCCUUGUUCUGCUUAUUCCAUUUUGUCUAAAUGGAAUAAGCAAGACACAAGUAGACACGUUGGAUACAGAGUCACUGAAGAGGUAAACGGAUGUGACAAGAGCUUUGAUUAAUAAUAAUAAUAAAGCUGAAGUGAAGACCAAAUUUAUAGUACAUGUGUGUUUAAUUGGCAAAAUAUGACCAUCCCCUAGUAUAACAAUAUAUGUAUUUUGUAUGAAACAAGAUAUGAUAUUUUUUAUGUAGGGUGUUUAUUUUCCUCUUUUCAUUGAUCCAGUAACUAGAUUUAUGUAAACUAUAUAAUUUCUGUUAUGUAAUUUCUUAAUCUUUUGAUUUAUAAAAAACUUUACAUAUUA